UCGAGUCGUUCUUGUUCCGCAACAACAUCGGAGAAGGAGAUGGAGGGUUGGGGAGGAGGGUGGAAGAGCACUAGGUGGUUAUGAUCUCGAUCGGCGGGGUAGAGGACGUCACCGAGAGGGGGGCAGGCGGAGUAGAUUGUGACGCCUGGGGGUCUACCGAUGGAAAAUUUGUCACCAGGGUUGUGGUUGGCAAACUAGAUGCCGAUGCCGAAGGAAUCAUCGGUGGAACGUGGGCGUCACCGAUGAUGGGGUCGGCAGACCAGUUGUCUAUGUCGGGAUGUGCACUCCAUUAUCAAGGGUACAUAGUUCACGAUGAGGAGGGACUGGGUCCCGCAGCGGCCAAAAAAGUGGAUGUCGCAGCUGAGGGACGUUGGGGCGGAGGAGUCGGAAAGGGUGUCGGGCUCAACUAUAGAGGUUGUGAAUUCGUCGUUGGAGGGAGACUCUACGUCGGAGAAGUUUUGAAAGAAGCGUGGAUGGGAGGUGGUGGAACCGCGAACGGGGCAGAGAAGGCGAUCAUGUUGAAGGGCACGGGUGAGGAGGUCGGUGAGGGACAUGGGUGGGUCAUAGACGAGGGCGGAUGCGAUGUCCUUGCAGCAGACCCGCUUGAAGCGGGAAAUGAAGAAGUCGGUGAUCUGGUCGUGGGGAAUGUUUUGGCGGAGAGUACGGACAUAUUGUACGAAGCAGUCGGUGGGGCCGUUUUGGCGAAGCCUGCAAAACUGGUCAAUUUACAGCAAAACGCCACACAACAGUUGGAGCAACGGAUUUGUACUGCCGCCACUCACUCGAGAUCGGAACCGCGGGAGACAACUUCAAAGUUUGAUGAUCAGGAGAUCUUCUACGAUUCGACAAAGACGGACCCAAUUCUGUGGUUCCGCAAGUUCGAACUCAAGUUGCAGCUACACUACGUCAGCGAACACAAGCACCACAUGUACGUAUACUCCCGGUCGGGAGGCACGUGCCAAGCAUGGUUGGACAAUCUCUUGUCCAAGUACGGAGUGGUGGUUGUCGACUUGCACACCAAGAUCAGCUGGGAUGAUUUACAGGCGGCGCGGUAUAAGCGGUUCCAAGUAGAGCUGUCGGAGAUCAAGGCAAUGGACAAGCUGAUGACCUUCGAACAAGGCGCACUGCCGAGUGUUGACUGGAUUGCCGAUUACCAACGCUUGACAUCCGUCCCAUACAUUCAAAUGGGCUUCAAGGCCAUCAAACACUACUUCAUCUCGAGGUCAUGUCCGAUGUUGGGCAAUGCCUUGACUCACGUCAAGGACACCCUGACGACACCGGUGGAGCUCUUCGACAAGGCCGUGCAGAUUAUUGUCACGAACGAGGAACCUCCACCGUUCGUCUGCGACAGGCCCGAGCAGAGAUCAGCAUCGGCCGAAAGUGGCCGUGGUCGCGGCGGCAACGCCAAUCGACCAAACUAGCGAGGCCGUGUCUGCCAAUGAAGGGGACAGACUCGC